UGCCCCCGCAGGUUCCCCCGGAGCCGGCCGGAGCUGCUGGCCCGCUGGGUGGUCAACCUGGGCCGCAUGGACUUCCAGCCCAGCUGCCACGCAGUGCUCUGCUCGCAGCACUUCCAACCCGACUGCUUCAGCCCUUGCGGCAACCGCGCCAACCUCCGGCCCGACGCCGUGCCCACGCUCUUCGCCGCCCCGCCCGCUGCCGCCCAAAUCGGGAACGGGAAGAGUUCUCUGAAGAAUGCUGAGGAUCCCCCAUUGCCAAAAGACUCUACAGACAGUUGGGAGGACAGGAGACUGGAAGUAGAAGCUGUUCAUCAGGAGCCCCAGUCUACUACAGCAGAGCAUCCAGUAAAGGAGGUUACUACAACAGAGGCAGCAGAAACGGAGGACAGGCAGCUGAAAUCCAGGCCCCUAGUGCAGAGGCACCACCUUCAGAGCUCAGAUCACAGCUAUGCCAUUGCUGACUGUACUUCCUUGAAAAAAAAACUCUUUCAAGCCCUGGAAGAAAAUGAAAAACUCCGGAAAUGCCUGAAAGUUAAAAGUGUAGAACUAAAGAGGAUACUUGUGCGGCUCCAAACUUGUAAAAAGGAGCACUGAGAACUCCAAGCUAACCAAGCUCCUGGAAGGGUGCUGGGCCUGACUUUCUAAACACUCUUCUACCUCCAAGAACAGCACCUCGAGAGGCUGCUGCCUAGUGCAACUUUCCCAUGGGCUAGGUGACUUGGUCUUGUUGCUGUAGUUUCCCCUGGGCAUAGCUUUACAUUCACACAGAUCAUAACUGCCUCGUGGACAAGAGCUGAGAACUAGUGCCCACAGUCUGAGAGAGAAAUCUGAACGCAUGAAAACCCACACUUGUACAUCAUGCUUGAGUACUUGUAAUGUUAGUACAGUUGUUAAAGGGGAAAGGAGAAAAUUGACAGGGGACUAGGAGAUGCUACAAAAGUUUCCUUGGAUGCUGUUGCUUUUAGUAUGCCAUUUAAUUGACGGUGAGAAGUGGGUAAUUUUAAAACUUCCUUAAGGCAUCUUUGCCUGUAUUUUGACAAGAGUUAAUAGUACUUAUUUUUCUCCCAUAUGUAAAAUAUAGGUGGUCAGAAGUAUCUCACCUGUAAUCCUCCUGUAAAUGUAAAACAAAAAACAGUUGUGAACUAAUUCUAAAGCUACAAAGCAGGUGAAGGGGUCAAAAAGCCAGUUUGCAAGUUGUAUUAGGGUUGUUCUAUUUCCCUUUCAUUCUGUAGGCUGUAAGAAAAAGGAUUUACUUUUUUGACAGUAAAAACUAUUUAAGCACAGGAAAACAUGAGGGUCAGUGUUGACUGUUUAUUACUUACAAACUUUAUGACUUUUUUAUGUCUCCUUCUUCUUAGUCUAAGUAUUGAAAUUUAUCUACCUGGUGGUGGCAUUUUUUUCUGUAAUUAACAAUAAAUGUGUUUAAUAAC